CAUUCGCUCUUCAGUGCUCCGCCGAAGUACGAAGCAACAAACCACCGCAGUCGACCAUGUACAAGAUCGUCGCUUUCUUUGCCCUGCUGGCUUGCGUCGCAGCCGCACCCGGCUAUGUGGCGUUACCCGCCCUUCACGGCCUUCACGCGGCGCCAGUUGUCGCGGCGGCUCCCGCGGUCGCGGUCGCCCACUCCGUCCCGGUCGCCACCAGCUACGCCAACACCUACAAGGUGUCCGUGAAGAGCCCGCUCGUGGCCCCGGUCGCCUACACCGGACCGAUCCUGAAGACUGCGCCAGUCGUCGCCGCCGCCCCCGUCGUCGCUCAUGCACCGGUCGCCUAUGCCGCCCAUGCCCCCUACCUCGCUCUUCAUUAAGGGAGAAUCACUACAUUAUUAACCACCUUUUGCCCAUCUCUCAAGACAAUCGACACAUGCCGACAAUGAAGACGUCCCUCGUCAUCCAAUUGGACGCGUGACGAUUCAUCGGAACGAUCGACCGAAUCGACCGGACCAUCGAUCAACUGGGCACCUUGACUUGAAGCUUGUAUCAGCCUGUCCACGCGGUCGAACGACCGAUCGCUACGAUUAAUCAAUAAAGUUGCCAUUUCUGCCUUUAAA